AUGAAAGUGCCUAGUGUUAUUCAAAUUCAAUUCGUAGCAUUAAGAAGGCUCCUGGCAGAGACCAAGGAGCAGUUUUGCUUUGCCAUAAAAAACAAACUCCGGAGAAUAUUCGGGUGGAUUAUGUCGUUCAGUCUGUUUUCAUGGCUUUAUAGAACUAUUCAAAACUUUUUGAUAAAAGUAUUAAGCGUAGGGCCGGUACCUGAGCAUGUCUCCUUUAUCAUGGAUGGUAAUCGGAGGUACGCCAAAUCACGAAAGUUGCCCGUGAAAAAGGGCCAUGAAGCAGGCGGAUUAACAUUACUAACCUUACUCUAUAUAUGCAAAAGGCUUGGUGUAAGAUGUGUAUCUGCCUAUGCAUUUUCAAUAGAGAAUUUUAAUAGACCAAAAGAAGAAGUAGAUACCCUAAUGAAUUUAUUCACGAUAAAGCUGGACGAGUUUGCAAAAAGGGCUAAUGACUAUAAAGAUCCAUUAUAUGGCUCCAAAAUAAGGAUAGUAGGUGAUCAAUCUUUACUUUCCCCCGGUAUGAGGGAAAAAAUUGCAAAAGUGGAAGAAAUUACAAAACAUGGGGGCGAUUUCACACUAUACAUAUGUUUUCCAUACACAUCGAGAAACGAUAUCUUACAUACGAUUCAAGGUUCAGUUCAAGAUUGUUUGCAAAGUAAAUCACAAAGCAAAAUAGAUAUUAAAAAGUUUACCAACAAGAUGUACAUGGAUUUUUACUCUAAUAAGUGUGAAUUACUGAUCAGAACUAGUGGUCAUAGAAGAUUGUCCGAUUACAUGUUAUGGCAAGUGCAUGAAAAUGCCACAAUUGAAUUCAGUGAUACGUUAUGGCCAAACUUUAGCUUCCUUGCCAUGUAUCUAAUGAUUCUGAAAUGGUCCUUCUUUUGCACAAUUCAAAGAUAUAAUGAAAGAAACCAUACAUUAUUUGAAAGGGUGUAUGAAGGUGUCCCCUCAAUACUAAAAAGAAAGAAGACUUCUAUAUCAUUACAUCAAUUUCCUAAUCCACCUAUUUCUGUGUCAAUUACAGGCGAAGACUAG